CUCAAACAAUUACACUACUUUAAAAGGUCAAAAUUCUCAGAAACAUGUAAACUCACUAAAAUAUUCCAACUUGACUAGCUAAUUAAAAGUUUCUGAAAUGAAACAAAACCACACUGUUUAAAGUCGCCACAAGACUGACUAACUCUAGGUCACAUGGAAUAGGUUGGCGGAUUGCUGGAAGUAUUUUAUGGUUGCAAGAGAUUGUCGUGGUUUUUUCAUAUGGUGUGUCGUGUUGUAGUAUAUCAUCCUUUGUCUAUCUCCGCCUAUGUCACAUUCUUUCGAUGCAAUAGAAGGUCGAUAUCAAUCUUUUACGUCCGAACCAUGUGUGCUGGAGAAGCAGAUACAAAUGAAUCAAUUUGGCGUCGGUAACGCUGCCAUUCGCUUAUCUUUCCUUGAAUACUACUGCAAAAAUGAAACUUCUCAUUUCCAAGCAGACACAAGUAUCAAUGGCAGCAUAUUUUGUAUUAACGUAGGGAAUGAAAUACGAAUAUAUACACAGGAGCACGCCCAUUCUUCGAACGAGCGCAGAUUCUGCGGUGGUUCUCCAGCCCAUAUCAGAUUCAGGGCACCUCUAACAUCACAUUGCUUUAGACGUGCCACAGACAAAGUAAGAGACUCUCAGUUACUGAUUGGAUUGGCCAAUGGUGAAAUAAAGUUGAUUGAUCCUCUCAAAGAAGACCCAAACAAGGUUUUCAAUGAAGGGAAGUCUGUCGAUGAAACUCCCGUAACUUGUGUCGGCUGGGUCCCUCAUUCACCUCAUCAGUUCUUAGUCAGUCAUUCCAGUGGGUGUAUGUAUUUGUACGAUGAAACACUUGCGCAGCUGUCAGCUCCAACAUAUAACCUGUUUAAACAAGGUAUUGGGUUUUCAGUACAUACUUGUAAAACGAAAUCUACAAGAAACCCAUUGUAUCGAUGGACUUUGGGAAGUCCUAACACAUCGAAGUUGGAUAACACGAAGCCACUUUCAAAAAACUCCGACCACGUCAAUGGAUUUGUUGCCAACAAAAUAUGUGAAAUGCAAACUGAUUCGUUAAGUUGCGACUCAUCAGCUAUUAGCUCUUUGUUUGAUGAUAAUAAUGUCUCCAUCAAUCAGUUUGCAUUCUCUCCUUGUGGCCGUUUCCUUGCCAUCAUUACAGAAGAUGGUUACAUGAGGGUGAUGGAGUAUCACGAGAUGGAGCUAUACGGGUUCAUGCGUUCGUACUUUGGGGGUUUACUUUGUGUAGACUGGUCUCCAGAUAGUUUAUUUAUUGUCACUGGAGGACAAGAUGACCUAGUAACGAUUUGGUCCGUUCUAGACAGAGCUGUUAUUUGUCGCUGUCAAGGCCACAAAUCUUGGGUUAGCAUGGUGCGCUUCGAUCCAUAUCUAUGCCCCACUAAUAAUGAUAUUUCUAAUGAUGACUCAGUAUCUGCCUCCUCACGUUCCCACUCACUUAAAGCGAACCAUGAAGAGUUGGACGAAAGUUCAGUUAUUAGAAAUUCACCUGUUACAGUUUGUGAAACUAAUGAUCUUAGAACUUACCGCCUUGGCUCAGUUGGACAUGACACCAUGUUGUGUUUAUGGGAUCUGACAGAUGAUAUAAUUCGUCAAGGAGUUGCAUUUAUUCGUUCAGCAAUAAAAAAUUCAGACAACAGUUUCGGAAAUCUUACCUGUGAUACUUCUUUUCCUCAUAUAACAAACUCUUCUGUUUUGAAUAUGACGUCUAGUUCUGUUUUGAGCUGUAAUACAUCUACUGCUUUACCAUCUCCACAGUCAGGAAAUGGCUCAUCUACUUCUUCAACUGUUUCUUCUCCACAUAUUCACUCCACCCGACCUUCAGUCAAAUUGAGUGAUAGCCGUUUUUUAAAUAAACGCAAGAAUUUUACUAGUCCCAUACCUUCAUUUGGUCCUUCGUCGAACGGGGCAAACAGCGGAUCCGAUAAAUCAAAAUCCAUUUUUCCACUUCGGGCUUUUCACUGGUCAAAUUCAAAUCCAAGUAGUCGAAUUAGUACAAGUGUUCGGUUUCCUCGUCUUGGUAAUUCAGAAAAGUCUAAUGGAUCUGCAACUAAUUCACUUAAAACUUGUAACCUCGGUCGUUUGAGUGAAGUUAGAUGGAUGUUAUCGAUAGCUGAACAUAAUAUUUUCGGUUCUCCGUUGUGCCCUCGAAUCAGUGAUGUACCUAUGCUUGAACCACUUGUGUGUACACGAAUCUUAAAGGAUCGAGUAACUGAUCUUGUCUUUCGUCGUGAUACGAUUCAUAUUGUAGAUCAGCAAGGUUUAUUUUUGGCAUGGCAAAGACCUGUUGAAGUGAAAGAAAAUACAUCAAUUAAUCAAAUACCAUUAUGUCAUUCAAAUGAUUGGGAUUCAUCUGCCUCAACAUCUAAUAAAGUUUUUCAAUAAUAAGUAAACUUUAAUUGAGUUAUCAUUUAUUAGGUUAUACUGUGAUAUUUGUACUACCAAUACACACAUACACACAAAUAUAGAUUAGAAAAUGAUAUAUAUAUAUAUAUAUAUAUAUAUAUAUAUAUCCACAACCAAUCAGUCAAUCCAAAAAAGAAAGUUCCUUCCUGUUAAUGAAACACAACUAAUAUUAUUUUCUUUUCAUUAAUGGGAAAAAGGGAAUUAUUGUGAUUAUAUUCAUGGUAGUCAUUUGUUUAUAAACAAAAUUAACUAUUUUUGUAUGUGUGUAAAUUAUGAAUAAUAAUAAAUUACACUGGUAUUAUGUUGACGAAGCUAAUUACAAAAGUAAAAUGAACAAAGAGAAAAACCUAUGCAUAAAUUAUAUAAUUAUCUUUCAUAUCCGGUAUUUCCAUUCCUCAUCAUAAUAAUGAUUAUAUAUAUAUAUAUAUAUAUAUAUAUAUAUAUAUAUAUAUAUACUACAGUUUGUUCUAUUUAUAUGUUCAUCUUAUCCUCAAUUGUCUGGAAAAUAUUACACGUACACGUAUAUAUAUCUAAAGUUUGCAAAAUCAUUACUAACAAGAAAUAAAAUGCUCAAUAUGACUUAUUCUCUUCACUUUAUCAAUUCAAUGUGUAUGAAUAAUAUUUACUUUCUGUUUCCCUAAUUCAUUUAUUUGGGAGCAAACGAGUGUGUGUUUGUUGGUGGGGGAGGGAAUAAAAGAGGAGAAGAAAAUGUUACCAAAAGGAAAGUUUCAUUGUCUUUAUGUAAUCACGCCAUACAUGUGUCAUUUUAUUUCUCAUUGUUAAUGUUGUACAUGAUUCAGAGUACAUGAAGUAUACUACUAAUGAUGCGAUUAGAAGAAAAUUCUUUAUCAUUCAUGAACGUAAAUAAUUUAUUUUGCAAUAUUAUUUUUUAUCUAACUAUGUAUAUCUAAAUCAUUGUAAUUGUCAUUAGUAUUGUUAUGGCAAUUAUUUUGUUGGUUUGUUUUGUCACUGUUUUGUUUUUUGAACUGAGUUAUCAGUCAUCAACACUUUCUUGUUUACUGUAUUCUAUUGUUUGUUUCCUUCCAACUAUUUUAUUCUUACACAGGAAUUAUAUGUGUAUAUCCUUAUUCUCUGUUUCUCAACUAACAACCAGCACUAUUUAUUAUAAACUACUGUUCAAUACAUGUUUGUCUGUUUUGAAAUCUGAUGAAUUUCAAGUAAGAAAUAGAGAAACACACGCAUGUGUACAUUCCUCAUUACCGAUUCUUUCCUUUUUUCGUCAUUCGCCUUGAUCUCACAAAAGAUUACUGUUCAAUUGCCAAAGUUCACUAAUUAUCAUACCAAUUUCAUACUACUAAUAAUAACAGUUCUUAUGUAAUCAUAACCUACUAUGUGACUUGACAAUUUCUCCUUUAAUGAAUCUCCCACAUUAAAUUGUAUUCACUGUUGAGAUUUUUUUUUCAAUGACUUUCUUAAUCACUAUGAUCAUUAUCAUUUCAGUUUUCAUGUUUCGUUUAGUUUUUACUUUUAAAUAAUUAACAAAAUUUAACUAUUUAAUUCGUUUUUUGAAAAUAUUCUUUCUCUUCUGAAAGAAUAAAAAAAAUAAUUAUCAUAUGAAAUAAUCUCCUAUUAAUCUAUAUUUUUUAUUUCUAAUGUAUAUUAAUGUGAAACAAGAAAGAUCUUAGGGAAGAUGUUCUGUUUUGUUUGUUCAUUUCAAUAAACAACUGUUGGGGACCGUUUUCAUUCAAUUGCUUGCUUUUAUUUAAUGUACAGAUAAGUUGUUUUUUGUUUGUUUGUUAUUGAAAUAAUUGUGUAAAUUAGUAGCGAAAGCAAUAACGAUAAUAAUAAUAAACAUAGAUAAAUUUC